CGCCAUUACACGAGGCCAUUGCAAGAAACCCUGUAUACGAAAUACCAAGGAUUAAACUACCGUACCGUAUUGGCAGUUCAACCUGAAAAACCUCUUAUCGGCAGGGCCGGCCAAGAGGGUGUGCUGGCCCGCCCUCCGGCACAGGGCCUCAGAAUAUUAGGGGCCUCUACUUAGAUUCGUUAGUUAUCGAUCGUAUAUUGUAGGUUGUAUUUUUAGUGUAUGAUUGAUUGAUUAUGAGUAUGAAUGUAUGAUGAUGUGUUUAAUAGAUAAUUUUAGCUAUAAUAACAAUUGAAAAGGAUCUCAUGGAGACUACGAAAAUCUGAAAAAUAAUAGAUAAUUUUAAUUUAAACAAUAUAGAAAGAUAUUACAUUUUGAAUAAUGUUAUUAUAAUCAUUUUAGUUUUAUUAUAGUUAAAGGUCGAUUUGGACCACGUCUAGAUUUUGAAAUAGGGCCUCCACGAUCUAGUAGACAACCCUGCACCCACCUCUCGAUCAAUUUAGACUAUUUUCAUUUCUCCAUUCAAUUUUUGCGCUAUAUCAAUUUUCUCUUCCUUCCAGAUUUACUUUCCUCCCUACUAGGGAUGGGAAUUCGGUCUUGGUUUCUUGAUCAAACUGGAAACGAGAUCGUUUAUUCCUGAUGUAAUCUUUUUCUGAACUUAAGUAUUUUUUUACAAUUAUUUACUAAUUUUUAAUUUUGAUAAAUUUAUGGGGAAAAAAUUAGGGCCACAUUUUAAAUUUUCGAACAGGGCCUCCAAAUAUUAUGGGACGGCCCUGCUUAUCGGAAGCAAAAUCGGUAGACGGUAUUUAUCGUUUUAGUUGAAUCAUGAUUAAACCACGGUUUUAUCAUAAAAUAUCCUACCACUGACUUUUCCGGUAUGACCCAUACCUCCGGUACAGUUUCAAUCCUUGCGAAAUACUAAUAACCGUUACUACUCUACUAGUGGUCAACAAUCAGAGUACGUAACUCUCUCAACAAGAUAUGGUCAUUGUUUGUGGUCGAUCGACGUUUGGCAGAUGGUCGUUAUUAUUGUUGUGCGUGCCAAUUAUUGAAGUAAAGACAUGGAGCUGCCUGCUCUGCUGGUCACUCACACUUUCAUUAAUCUCGACCCACUUUCCUGGGGACCUCAAUCGUAUGGUUCUAAAGUUAGAAUUUUGUGUAAAAAUUCGAAUCCAUACAAAAUGAGCAAUUCAAAUUGUCUUGACCAAUUAUUUAUACGUCGAACCAACAAUAUCGUGAAUUCUGGACGGACGUAUGCUAAUCGCUACUACUUAAUAAGUGGUCGAAAAUCGGAGUUGCUCGCUCCACAAAAUCCUCACUCUUUGUGGUCGACGUUUAAUUUGCCAGAUGGUUGUCAACUUGUGAGUGUGCGCGGCAGGUUGUCCAAUAAAUUCUUGGACGGACGGACGGACGGACGGAAUUUGAAGUUGGAAUAAUUGUUAACGUGACAGAACCAUUUUGGUAGGGAAGAAGUGAUAUUUACAUAACGCUUGUCGCUCUCCUGUACGUCUAUAUAUACACCACCCGCUGCUCUAUUAAAUCUCAGUCGGUAGGUAUUAGUAUAGGUAGAUACAGCAAAGGCCAAACCGCUUUCAUUUCACAUCCUUCACAAACCACAAUCAUGGGUACGGAGGUCGUUGCAGCGCCAGUCGCCGCCGCCGAAGUCAUUCCACCCGGCGGCACCGUUUGUCACGCCGUGCUUUUCCCGUUCAUGUCAAAAGGCCACACAAUCCCCAUCCUUCACCUCGCCCGUCUCCUCCUCCGCCGCCAAAUCACCCUGACCAUCUUCACCACCCCCGCCAACCGCCCCUUCAUCACCGCUUCACUCCCCACCGGCGCCGCCGCUUCCAUCGUCGAGCUCCCCUUCCCACAAGACAUCCCGGAAAUCCCCGCCGGCGUCGAGAGCACCGACAAGCUCCCUUCCGUCGACUCCCACUUCCCCCACUUCGCCCUCGCCACGGAGCGCAUCCGUCCCGACUUCGAAUUGGCGUUGGAAAAUCUCCGGCCGCGGCCGAGCUUCAUGGUCUCCGACGGCUUCCUCUGGUGGACCCAGGACUCCGCCGAGAAGUUCGGGAUCCCGCGGCUGGUCUUCUACGGGAUGUCGAAUCACUCCGGCUGCGUGUCUAGAGCCGUGGCCGUCGACCGGCUCCUGUUCGGCCCCGAGUCCGACGACGAGUUGAUCCCCGUGACUCAGUUCUCGCGAGUCAAAGUUUGCAAGAGCGACUUCGACGACUGGGCCCGAUCGCCCGACCCGAAGGGUCCCCACUUCGAUUUCGUUAUGAAAUCCGUUGUCGCUUCCUCGCGAAGCUACGGUUCCGUGAUGAAUAGCUUCUACGAGUUCGAACCGGUUUUCGUGGAUCAUCUAAACGGUCUCGGGACACAGAAGUACUACUCCGUGGGCCCUCUUUGCCUUGCUGACGUGGACGACGACAACUGCGGGAAAGAGGCCGUAUUAGCCGCUGAGUCGAAGCCGGCUUGGAUUCGAUGGCUGGACGAGAAGCUGGUUGAAGGUAGGUCGGUGUUGUACGUGGCGUUUGGGUCCCAAGCGGAGAUAUCGGAGGAACAAUUGGAGGAGAUAGCGUGUGGGUUGGAAGAGUCCGAAGUGGAUUUCUUGUGGGUGAUAAGAAAGGGAGGCGGUGGGUUGGAGGAGCGAGUGAAGGGGAGAGGGAUGGUAGUGGGAGAAUGGGUGGACCAGAGGGGGAUACUGGGCCACGCCAGCGUGCAAGGGUUUUUGAGUCAUUGUGGUUGGAAUUCAGUGAUGGAGAGUGUCUGCGCUGGAGUGCCGAUGUUGGCGUGGCCGAUGAUGGCGGAGCAGCCGUUGAACGCGAGGAUGGUGGCGGAGGAGGUGAAGGUGGGGAUCAGAGUGGAAGGUUCGGGGAGAACGGGGUUUGUCCAGCGCGGAGCUUUAGAGAAGGUGGUGAGGGAGUUGAUGAACGGUGUGGAGGGAAUGGAAGUGAGAAGGAACGCGAAGGCGUACGCAGAGAAGGCUAGGAAAGCUAUGGAGGAAGGGAGCGGCUCGUCGUGGAAAACAUUGAACUUGUUAAUUCACGACUUGUGCAGCAAGACAAAAACUGAAUACUAGUAACUAUUUUGCUUAUUGUUUAAUUUCCACCGUCAAAUUAGCAACUCUCAUAAAUAAAUGAGCUUUCAUGAGCCCUCAUUGUGUUGGUCCAAUUUUAAUCCCAACCGGGGAUUGGAUAGAAAAGAAUAUGUUCAUUAUUUUCUUUUGGUUUAUGUACAUAUCAUAAAUAUUAAAAAAAUAGAAAAGAAUAAUAAGGUAAUUUUGUAUUUUAAAUUUUAAAUCUUAAACCCUUAGAUCCAUGAUCCAUAAUCUUUUGGUUUGUGUACAUAUCAACAAACAAAGAAUUGUUUUAAAUCUAUAAUCUUUCAAAGUCUUAAUAAAUUUUCAGAUUUUUAAAUCACAAAUCUUCAUUUUUACAUCCAUGAAGCAAAUAAUGAUGCCUUACUUGGUCGCUCACUAAGUCACUAGUUGUUUUAUUUUCCUUCUUUCUAUCAAGCCCAUGUUUAGUUAUACUUUGCACAUUAAACGUAUCACCAUUUUUAGUAGCCAUCUUCAUCAUAAUCAAGAAGUCUAGCCGGCCAAAGCACAAACAUAGUACCAGUGGCGGAACCAGGAUUUCAAAGUACAUGUGUCAUCUUUCUAUAAUAUAAAUAAUUAUUUAAUGAAUAUAAUUAAAAUUUAUAAUAUAUAAAUAAUUAUAAUGAAGAAAAAUUAGACUAGCACAGUCAUUAUUUUCAUAAGAAACCACGACGUAUUUUCACAUUCUCAAUGUAUCAAACUAAACAAUUAUUAGCAAAUUGGUCGUAAUUCAAUUUUGAAACUUAUUUUUAAUAUUGCGCAAAGCUGAAAAUGUUCUUUCUACACUUGCAGUAGCAACAGGUAGAGUCAAAAAUAACUUCUAGUUUAUGAUAUUUUCAUUUCAACAAUAGAAUCGGUACGAAACUAUAAAUCAUAUAAUUUUAACUGAUUAAUAGUAAAAAUAACCCAUGGAACAAUGUUAGUUAACGUUUUAGGUUCUAUAAACUAUUUUGCCGAGUAAUUCUCCCUAUAAAUCAGCAACUCGUAUAAAUAAUGAGCUUUUAUGAUAUGGAAAGAGGGUCCCACCAAAGUGACGUCCACAACCACGAAUGUGAACUCGAAAUCAUACUUUGAUACCAUUUAUUGAGGCCAAAUGGUUCAAUUAGUACAAUAUUUUUCUGGUUUCAGCCAAACCCACAAGAAUUUCUUUUGAAUUUCUUUGGCCAAUAUUCCUCACACUUAUGAGUUUAAUAGACACUAAUAUAUAUGAAUAUCUUCCCUUAUUUUUUUUAUAGCACCCUAACACAAUCCAAUCGAUUUUUAUAUUUGAUCUUCUCGAGAUGUCUUCCAUUUUUCCUGGUCAAAGAUAGCUUCUACAUUAAUGAAACAAAAUGGUACUUCAAAAUGUCCACCAUAUACUCAUAUAGAAUAGCAAUCCGAGCGGAGCAACCCAUGGGCAUUGGCCACAGCCAAGAAGCUCAACUCGCCAAGUAGCUAGAACGUAACCUCUCAGUCGGAUCUCACAAUGCAACGGGAUUCCAUAUUCUUAACCUAGUAUAUAUAUAUGGUUGGUUCCAUCUUCCAAGAGAAUAGAGAGUUUUUGUCACACCCACCAUUUUUUUUUCUAGUGUAGAAUCUUCAUCAUGAUCAAGAAGACCAGUCAAAGAACAAACAUAGUACUGAUCAUAAGCUUAGUUUGGCCGCGGUAGUUUUUGCAGAAGCAGCUUCUGGCUGGAGCUUUUAGAUAAGUACUUUUCGAAAAAAGCAGUUGAGUGUUUGGCUGUAAAACUAUUAGAAGUGCUUUUUAAUAUGAAAGAUUGUGUAAAAUGACUAUAAAGGACUUAUAAUAUAAAAUAUGAAUAAAAAUUCUAAACGAUA